AUGAGCAUUAACGUACACAAAAGCAAUAAGUCGAAAUUCAUAAUAAACACUUCAGUUGAAUAUUUUGCGGCUAGCGGUAGUACUGGUCAAGCUGCUGAUGAGCAUCUCACCGCCAUACACGAAUUUCUCGAGAACGAUGAACUUACCGUUAUUGCAGCGGUGCAUAACAAAUCGAAUGGCAGCAUAAAAUUUCAUCAUCGCAUACCGGGCGAUGAGGUUUGCUUGCUAUUCUACAAGAUACCACAGGUCGGCGGCAACAAGAGUGGUUCCACAAACAUUUCAUCUGCUGCUAGCAGUGGCGCAUACGACCAACCGCUUGGCAUAUUAACGCUGGAAGGUGGACUGGUCAAGUCGAUUUACAAUUCCGUUUCGCGUGUAUUCUCACCGCAAGCCGAGGCCAGGAAAACUGAAUAUAGUCCCGAGUUGAGCGGUUUACUGGAAAGUUUGCAUGUCUCUUUGGGCUCAACAUUGGGUUUGCCGCAAAGUGGCAUAACAUCAGUAAAGGAUGAAAUUAAAUUUUGGAAGCAAAAAUUUAAUAAAAAAUCCAGUUCUCGCAUUGAUCGUGAAAUGUCGCAAGUAUUUAUUGGUGUACUUGAAAAUAUUGACAAGCAAAUGAGCUCAAUCGAUCAUGCCAACACCGGCACCAGCAUUGAGGAGUUUUUAGACAGUUCACACAAUAGCCUCGAUGAGCUUUGGCGUUUACCUUACCACUAUCCGCAGGCGCGCAUGGCUGAUCUAUUGGAUAUCAUGGGCAAUGGUUUGCUGGAAAUAUGUGUCGAGCAACUACUUAUGGAGGAUAUUUGGAAUUUGAAUUCUCAUCAUGUGAAUAUGCUGAUGAGCCAAUGCAUUGACACCGCCGACUCUUGGAUGCAGUUGUGUGACUCGCUUACGCGUCUCUUCUGGCCAAAUUAUGUGCAGCAUCCAUGGCUAGGCGAACCCCAUGCGCCCAAGCGUGGUCAGCAAUUUAAAGAGCGGCUAUCCGAGAUUAAGAAUAUUAAAAAUCUUUACAGACAAAUCGCCACAUUAUUGAAUGACGAGGAGAUGAAAAGUAUGCUCUAUGAGAGUUCGCCAUUUAAGGAUAUUAAUAUAUUCGACACUACUGCUUUGGGUCAAUCAAAAUGGAAUAAAGCUUUGCAGUACUUUGAGCAAAUACUGCAACACAUCGAUGAGCGUAUUGCCUCAGCACUUAAGGCACAACUUCAUAAUCAUCUGAGCAAUGCGCGACAGGUUAUCUUUAUCUUCUCCAAAUAUGAGACGCUCAUCCAGCGACCAGCUGUGCUCGAGUUGUUGACUAUCGAGCGCGAACAAUUUCUACAAUCACUACAGAUUCUGCUGCAGGAUUUGCGCAAAGCCAUGUCUGAUACAAAUAUGGAGCCCGAUACCGGUCAUUUGUCAGUCAUUUGCAAUGAGUGUCGUUGGCUAAAAGUCGUGCAAUAUCAGAUCCAAGAAAUCGAGAAGGUUAGUCAUUUGAUUAGCGGUCGUGAUGGCUAUGACAAGAUCAACAAAGCCGUACAAGAGAUCAAGGAAGAGACCGAGUCAUUGCUGCGCACAAACUUCGAAAUUUGGUGCGGUCAAUGUUCCACAUCUGUCAAGAGUGGAGAGUUGAAAUUACGCGAAGAUCAACCGGUGGUUAAAUUCGAAAAGGAAGGCCGUCAACUAAUGCGCGUUACGUUCAACCCCAAACUGGUCACUUUUUGUCAGGAUGUGCGCGAAUUCGAGAACCUUGGCUACAAUGUACCGGCAGAGUUGCGCUCAUCGGCGACACAUGCCGCUAAAUUCAUGAGUUAUGCGCGCCGCUUGCAGCAGAUUGCAACAUUUCACAAUACAAUCGGUGAUCGCAUGAUACCUUGCCAAAGACCGAUUAUGCUGAAGAAUGCGGUGCAAUUAUCGAAAUUGGUGCAAAGCGAGACGGUAGCCUGGCAUGAUGAAGAGUCCGUGCAACGUUAUGUGGAUAUGCUGCAAACAGCUGUGUCCAAACUCUCUGCGGACAACACCCUACUAGUGGGCUACCAUGAGCAGGCCAAAAGAACGGUUAUUAAGCUCAUGAAUACCGAUUUGUUCACACAAACGCAAGUAUGGAAAGAUGAAAUGCGGCAUCUGCGCGAUUUGGUGGCUGCAAUAGAGCGUCAAGGGUACACCAACCUGGACGCCUUCAAAUUGCAUUGGGAUCAUCAACUCUACAAGGUGUUGGAAUAUCAAUAUAUCAUCGGCCUGGUAGACAUGAACAAUAAGCUGCCCGAUAUACACAUCGAUAUUAUGUUUCGCCAACGGCAACUUUGCUACCGCCCACCCGAGGAGGAGAUACGCGAAAAAUAUUUCACUCAGCUUCGACGCUUUAUUGAACGUCCCAGCAGUUUUCGCGGGCUCUCUGACAACAGCACCGAGUUAUUUAAGUCAAUGGUGGAAAUAAAUCGUCAUCACAUCGGUCCACUUUUCGCGCACGCUGAGGAAUUAUUUCGUAAGCUUGAAGAAUUCAAAAAGAUUUGGCUUCCUUGGGUCGCGCUGGGUUGCGUUGAUAUUGAAGAAUUGUGUGGCAUACAUCUUAGCGUAGCAGAGGAUUGGGAUCGCGAAUUUCGAGCUUGUAAGAAUUUCAGUCAAAAGAUUGCGAAAAUUCAGAACUCCGAAGAGUCCAUUGAAUGCAUUAUAAUCAAUACUUCGCCAUUACGUUCGGAGAUAGAAUUGAUUAGUCGACGUUAUUGGGAAUCUUUAACCAACAGCUUACGCACGGCUAUUGUAAAUGACGUUACCGUCAUUCAAGAGUUCUUGCAAAGCUCAUUACAGUUCUUGAAUAAUGUGCCCAUGGAUGAGACGUCUAUCACAGAGUCGGGCAUGAAGUACGAGAAAAUGAUGACGGAACUACCGAAGGUAUCCGAGACUCUCGACGCGGUCAAGAGCAAAGACACCUGCCUCGCCGGCUGGUGCAAGGAGCGAGUUACCGCCUUGGCAAACAUUCUGUUGCAAUGGGAACGGCUACAACCUCUCAUAGAAAAUCAUGCUGUAAUACUUCAACGCCAAGUCGAUAUGAUUAAAGAUCAAGCUCACUCACAGAUACAGAAUUUACAAAAUGAAGCGGAAAAGUUUUUCCUGCGCUGGGAAUCAACCAUUAGUGAGCUGGAAAGUAAUGAAAAUGCCACACUGGAGCUAUUCAAAGAACGCCAAGAGCAUUGGCAACAACUACAAGCAAAGAAGGUGCAAUUACUCGAAGAAUGUGCUAAAUUCAAUAUGUCCUUUCCUGCUGAUGUGCUUGCGCCCUUCACCGAGAUCGAAGAAAAAAUGGAAACACAGUCGAAACAAUGGGAAAUCUACGACAAAUAUCUGAGCGAGUUGAAUACCAUUGCCGAUGAAGAAUGGGCUAUAUAUCGGCGUCGUCCAUAUGUGUUGAAUGAGUUCAUCAAUAAGUGGGAGAGCUCAGUGCAUGCGUCAAUCGAUCUGCCCUCAAAACGCAUUCGACAGAGCGUGGAGCGGUUGCAAGGCGUUAUGCCGAUUCUGCAGCAAUUACAAUCGGAUACGUUGACAGAACGACAUUGGGCACGCAUAUUUAUGUUAUUGAACAAAUUAGAGACAAAGUCUAUACAUAAUUUAUUCCUGCGCGAUAUAUUGGAAGAUUAUAAUGCACUACAACAGGCAUCUACAGAGAUAGCAAAUUUGGUGAAACAAGCCGCUUCGGAGCAAAUAGUGCGGCAAGCUUUAACCGAACUGGAUCAAUGGUCUGUUACGUCUAACCUGAAGCUGAUAAAUCACAAAGAUUCAGCAGGCAAUACAUUGUCACUUAUCAAGGACUAUCAGGAAGUGCUAAAUAAAAUUGGCGAUAAUCAGUCUUUAUUGCAAUCGGCCAAAAAUUCAGCAGCUUUCGAGGCAUUCUCAGAUCAGGCAGAAUUGUGGGAGAGUCGCCUGAAUACUUUGGACUCGCUGCUAACUAGUUUAAGUCAAUCACAAAGGCGUUGGGUAUAUCUGGAACCCGUUUUCGGAGCGGGCACUUUAAGAAAUGAAGAAGCUCUAUUUCGGCGCAUUGACAAGGAUUUUCGCUAUGUGAUGCGUGAAAUUCAAGCAGACCCCCGAGUGAUAUCACUUAUCAAAAUUAACAACAUAUCAACCAUAGUGAGCUCACUGGAAAAACAACUGUCGCGUUGUCAAAAUAAUCUCAUGACCUACAUCAUGGAUAAGCGAAAUUCUUUUCCGCGUUUCUAUUUUCUUGGUGACGACGAUUUGCUGGAAAUACUGGGACAAGCAACAAAAGAUGCUGAAAUUAUACAAAAACAUAUCAAGAAGCUUUUUCCUGGUUGUCACAGUAUCGGCAUAGCAAAGACAUUGAAUGGGGAAUCGACUGUGUACACCAUACAAUCGCUGCAAAGUGCUGAAGGAGAUAUUCUGCAGUUGCGAGAAGUUGUGCCUAUGAAAGGACCUAUUGAGGAUUGGCUCAAUCACUUAGUUAGCUCCAUACAGUGCACACUUAAGGAUGCAAUAUUUGAAUGCUACUCAACCACAGAUGCAGAGAAUUUCACCCAAUCCUUGCUGCGAAAAUAUCCCAUACAAGUGUUGAGCAUCACUCGCGCCAUUCAAUUCACCAAACAAACGGAGAAGGCCAUACUGUCCAUGUCAUUGCGAAAGUUGCAUCAGGCGUUGAACACUGAAAUAACACACUUCGCCAAUAUGAAAAACCAAACAAACGACACUCUGCUACAGAUUAAAUUGCGCGCUCUGUUAUUCGAUUUGGUGCACUACGCAUCGGUGGUGGAGGAGUUACAGGAGCACAAUGUGAUGCAUGUCAGCGAUUGGCAUUGGUUGUGUCAGUUGAAGUUCUAUUUGGCCGGCACUGAUGGGCGCUUAGUCGUCGUGCGUAUGGUGUACGCUGAGUUCGAAUAUUCCUACGAAUUUCUCGGCAAUCCCAAUAAAUUAGUAAACACAAAGUUGACGCACAAAUGUUAUCUCAUUCUCACCCAAGCCAUGCAUAUGGGACUGGGUGGUAAUCCAUUCGGACCGGCCGGCACUGGCAAAACGGAAUGUGUAAAAGCGUUGGGUGCAAUGUUGGGUCGACUAGUGUUGGUCUUCAACUGUGAUGAGAAUGUGGAUACUGAAUCGAUGAGCCUAAUUUUAACUGGACUGGUGCGUUGUGGUGCUUGGGGCUGUUUUGAUGAAUUCAAUCGUCUACAUGAAGCGACGCUCUCGGCAAUUUCUAUGCUAAUACAACCCAUACAGAUGGCAUUAAAGGACAAAUCGGAUGUGGUGCAAAUUGGUGAGCGAAAUAUCAAACUUAACCAGCAUUGCGGUAUUUUUGUCACCUUGAAUCCAGCUGGCGCCGAUUAUGGUGGCCGGCAAAAAUUGCCCGGCAACAUUCAAGCGCUAUUUCGGCCAAUUGUUAUGCAACAGCCCGAGCCAUUGGAAAUCUCACGUGUCAUGCUUUUUGUGGAGGGAUUUCAACAUGCCAGCGAAAUAGCCGAACGAAUUGUCGAACUUUUUGAUUUGUGCACAAAAAUGUUGUCUGUUCAACGCCAUUACGAUUGGGGUUUACGCGAGUUGAAAACCAUUUUAUUAGCUUGUGGCACUGAGCUACGAUUUCACCUCAUCAACAACAAGAAUACCGAGAGAAUAUCCAGUAGUGAAGUGGACACUGCAACAGCAAACGAUAGCGAAAGUAGUUUGAAUAUGGAAAUGUCAGUUGUAGUGCGCAUGUUACGCAUGUCCAUUCUCUCCAAGCUGCAACUAAACGAUGUGGCGCGUUUCGAUAUGCUACUAACAAACGUUUUUCCGGAAAUUGGAAAAGUCACGCAAAGCAAAUCUGAACUGCAACAGGCAUUAGUCGACGCAAGUGCCAAGCUGGGACUCUGUGUCAACGACAUGCAAAUCGAAAAGGCGUUACAGUUGCAUGAACAGCUCAGCAAGCGUAUGGGUGUGGUGGUGGUAGGCCCACCAGGGUGUGGUAAAUCCAAAAUAAUCGCAUUGCUAAGGCAAGCUUUGAUGUCGACAGCAACGAAAUUGACAUCAUCCUCAUCAUCAUCAGUAGCAGCAGCAGCAGCAGCAGCAGCAUCGUUGACAAUGAGUGCUACACAAAUCCGCCUUCAUACAAUCAAUCCAAAGUCGAUGAGCCGAGUUCAACUGUUGGGACGCCUUGACCCAGAAACACGUCAAUGGAUGGAUGGCGUGUUGACCAAUACAGCAGUGAUGGUGAAUGCGGAGCCGUUAAAUGUUCACUCAUGGAUAGUGUGUGACGGCAGCAUUGAUCCGGAGUGGAUUGAAGCUUUGAAUUCAGUGUUAGAUGACAACAGAUUGCUGACCCUGCCUUCAGGUUGGCGCAUACAAUUCGGCAACAAUGUGAAUUUCAUCUUCGAAACGGCAGAUGUGCGGCAUGCUUCGCCAGCCACUAUUUCACGCAUGGGCAUUGUCAACAUGAACGCUGCAGACUUUCCACAGGCGCAAAUACUUGAAACGAGGCUAGCCAGAGAAGAGUUCGGCGAUUUGUUGUACAGUUACAUCGAAGAGCAAUUCAAGCCAGCCGCACAGUGGGUCGAAAGCGAGUACUUAUACUGUUUACCCGCUUUGAAUAGGUGGACGCUCCUACGCGCUCUACUAUUGCGGCUGCGCGCCGUGCAAAGUCGCGAUGAAUUCUGUGUGACACUUUGUCGCGCACUUUACGGUUUCUUGCCACCCGAACGCCACAACGAAUUGGCCAAUUUCAUAUUUGAACGCGCAAAUAUUUACAUCAGUAAUCCGAAUCACGCUGAAUUUGCACACUUCAAUAACGAGCGCGGCACAAUUGAGUUUUAUGAGUCGGACGCCUUACCACCACCAAUUGGCGCGAAUGGCAUUAGCAGCGGCGUACAGCUCAUACAGACUGCUACAGUCAAAUCGUAUUUGAACACAUUACACACCUACUUAAGCGCUCCGACUAACACGCCGUUCCUGAUUGUGGGUCCUACGGGUGCAGCAAAGACGUUGCUGCUCCUGCAGGCGGUGCAGGAGUACGCCGGUUAUGAUUUGAUUGUCAUCAAUUGCUCGAUGCAGCUAACACCUGCUUAUAUUUUGCAUUGCUUAAAGCAGAACUGUGUAGCGGUGAGUGGCUUGCGUGGACGCGAAUUCAAACCGAAGCAAACACGUGUGGUUUUGUUCUUGAAGAAUCUCGACCUCUGCUACUUGGAUGCAUGGGGCACUAGCGAGAUUAUGGAGCUGUUGCUGCAGCUAGUACAACGCGCCGGUUUCUAUGCAGAUAAUCUGGAAUGGGUACACAUUAGCGGUUUGCAAAUAUGUGGUUCUAUUUCGCAGGACCCUGCCACAUCGAUGGGUGGCGGUCUGCACAAAUUGGCGCCACGUUUUCUAGCAAUAAAUCAAUUCCUGCGUGUCAGUUAUCCAACCGAUGCUGAUAUGUUGACGAUAGUACAGAGUCAGUUGGAGCCUCUAUUGGCGAGUGGACGCUUCAAAACGGCGGCGGUGAAUGUGCAGUAUGUGGUUGAGGGACUACUGGAGUUAUUCAAGAAGUUACAAGCAACAUUCACAGCUUCGUCACGCGCUUGGGAGCAUUACAAUUUCAAUCCGAAAUUUAUUAUGAAAUUGCUGCAUAAUCUGGAAUACUAUCCCGCUGAAGCUUUCAAUGAGGCUUUUUGCGCCGAGUUAACCUCCAUGUUCGAAGAUCGCUUGGCUAGUGAAGCUGAUGUGUCCGAGUUUCAGAGUAUAUUCAGGCAAACAAUGCGCAAGUUCUACGGCAGAGAGAAAGUAUUUUUCGUGCCUAAGUCAUCGAAGCACUGUGGUGAAUUUCGUGCGCUCGCACACGACGCGUGGUUGGAAGAAGUACAGAAACAGAUUACAAUAUGCAAUGCCGAGUCCUUUAUCAUUGACGAGCCGAUCACCAGAGAGCUACUUGAUUUGGUGUCCAAAGUGGCGCGUGUGCUGGCGCGCGAUGAGACGCACUUGCUGUUGCUUGCACGCGCUGGUGGUAGGCAUUUGGAUGCGCUAUAUGCAGCAGCCAAUUUACAACAGGCAAAAAUUUUUGUCACACAAGGUGGCGCUGGUUAUGGACUGACGGACUUCUAUAAUGAUUUGAAAUUGGCCAUGCAAACUGCAGCAAUUGAGGAUCAGUGCACCUGUUUGCUCAUCGAUCACUGUUGGAUUACAUUUGCACCGGACAUAAUGAAGCCAAUUGAAGCCGUGCUGGAGGGAAGUGAGAUACUUGAUUUAUUUGGUGAUGAUCUGGAAUCUAUAGCUAGCUCGCUGAAGCAUGCUGCACAGUUGGAGGGCUUUCAGGAGUCCAUAGGCGCAUACUUUUUGAAAAAAGCUAAGAAGAAUCUUCAUUUGAUUAUCACCUUGGAUCCGGCCAAUGCGACGCUUAACAGUUUAUUUAGCAGGUUUCCAACACUUUACCGUAAUAUGGAUAUUUAUUUUGUGCGCUCUGCCUCUACUGAAACGCAAAAUCAGCUGCCGAAGAAAUUCAUUGAAAUUCUUGGCGAAGCUGCAGGGAGCAGGGGCAGCGUGCCCGUAUUCUCGUACUUUACGGAUGCGGUAGAAUCUUUGAUCACCCAGCAGGCGCCGAAGCGUUACUACCAGUUGAUACGCUCCUACUUUUAUAUUUACACCAAUUUCGCUAAGGACAUCAACAAGAGACUGGAAAAAUUACAGCAUGGCGUUGACAAGCUAGCCACCGCCCAUAACGUAGUAGACACACUCAAAUCCAAUGCCGGCCAACAGGAGGAAGCGCUUGCGGAAAAACGCAAACUAGCCAACGAUGCACUCGAAAUGAUUUCGGCCACUAUGCGGAGCGCCAACGAUCAAAAAACCAAUAUGCUAGAGCUGAAGAAGAAGACGCAGGAUAGCAGCGAGCAGUUGAAACUGCGUCAGAAGGAAAUUCAACAGGAGCUCGCCGAAGUGGAGCCCAUACUGGCGGAGGCCAGCACAGCAGUGGGUCAAAUAAAAUCGGAAGCACUAUCCGAGAUACGUUCAUUACGUGCGCCGCCAGAGACUAUACGCGACAUACUCGAAGGCGUUUUGCGAUUGAUGGGUAUACGCGAUACCUCGUGGAAUAGUAUGAAAACCUUUUUGGCAAAACGUGGAGUCAAGGAAGAUAUACGCUCGUUGGAUCCAGCGCAUAUCAAUCCGGAUAAUUGUGUGGCGGUUGAAAAAUUGCUAGACGCGAAGGCGGAAUCCUUUGAAAUGAAGAAUGCAAAACGUGCCUCGGCAGCUGCUGCGCCCUUAGCCGCUUGGGUCAAGGCGAGUGUGCGCUACUCAAAGGUCAUACAAAGCAUACGGCCGUUAGAGCGCGAGCAAAAUGAGCUGCAACGUAACUUGGAUGUGGCGGAGAGCGAAAUGCAAACACUAAUGAGCGGUUUGGAUGAUGUGGACAAUCGCGUAAAACAAUUGUCAGCCAAGUUGAAUUCUUAUACACAGGAAGCAGCGGUGUUGGAAAUUAAAUUGGAUGAUGCGCGUAAGACAUUAAAUGCAGCUGAAGUGUUGAUUGAGAAACUUAGCUCUGAAUUCCAUACAUGGAGCAUGCAGCUGGAUGAGUACAAGGCGUCGCAUAAGACGUUGGACACUAAAUCACUACUCAUUGCAUUGGCCAUCAAUUAUUUCUCUCAUCUGACAUUAGAGCGGAGAAGCUUCAGCAUGGAUCGUUUACUUGCCGAGCUGCAGUUGCGACCAUUCGAUUUACGUAAAAGCCUACUCACCGAGCAGGAACAAAUCAUCUGGGAAAGCAUGGGUCUCGCACCUGAUGCGCAAAUUAUCGAAAACGCCGCAUUACUACGCCAAAUGAUCGAUUUACCCUUUGGCAGCUAUCCUGUACCUUUGGUAUUAGAUCCCACACAAACCGCCAUGAACUGGCUAGAGGAGUAUCUGCGUACUAAAGAAAGACCAUACGACAUCACCACGCAGAGCAAUGAACGUUUAAACUACAUGCUUGAGUUGGCCGUACGCUUUGGCAAAGUGCUCAUAGUGCAGGAUUGUCAGCAAGUGCGUCCGCCGCUACUGCAGCUGCUACAGGGACGCUUUUAUGUUAAAUUUGGAAAGAAGCUAUUAGAAAUUGGCUCAAAAAUGAUUGACCUACAUGAACAAUUCCAACUCGUACUCUUUACCAAAACCAAUAAAUUGAGCAUUGAACCAGAAACGUUGAGCUAUUUGACUUGCAUACCGUUCACUGUGACCGCUAUAGGCUUGGCCGAUCAGCUCAUGUCUAAAGCCAUUAUACUAAAGAACCCACAGCUGGAGCGCAAACGCAUUGAAUUGUUGAAAAAUGAAGGGGUACUGUUGAAGCAACGCAUCGAAUUGGAAGACAAGUUGCUGGAAGAGCUCUCAACUGCUCAAGGCGACAUUUUGAAGAAUGAAAAGCUCUUGAAUACACUGAAUGAGGUGAAGGAAAGCAGCAAUUUUAUUGAUAAAUCACUGAAGGAAAGUGCGCGUGUCAAGGAGUCUCUUCUGUCCGAUUACACUCAGCUGCGUGAGCUUUGCACAAAGGCAGCAAAAUUUUACAUCGAGCUCACGGUAUCCUAUGAGUUGCCAGCGUUGGCAUUUAUACAACUUUUUCUCAACUCACUGCAAACAUUCGAAAGUCGUAACUCGGUUGGAAACGAUAGUGAACGACGCGUGUAUGAGCAGCUGGUUUGUGCUACAUUCCAAUAUCUGGCGCGUUCAACAUCGCGUGGCAGUCACUUGACUUUGGCGUUAUAUGUGUGCAAGAGCGCCUAUCCGGAACGGAUGCCUGCCGCAGAGUGGGAAAUGUUUGUUACGAACUUUAUGGUCACAGCUGAUGUAAGCAUAGGCAGCGUUGAUUUGGGCUCAGUACAGUUGCCCGAAUGUGUGGGUAAAGAGGCGGCGCUUAAAUUGCAGAUAUUCUUAACACAAGUGCCACAAAUUGAGGAACAACUGCAGUUGCAGAAAGAUUAUGCCUGGCGAAGUUUUGUCGUAGAUCAGACGCCAGAGAUGCCAGGCGAUAUUAAAUCACCCUUUCAUCGCGUGCUCAUCGCGCAAAUAUUUCGCCCAGAUCUUAUUUUUGUUCAGCUACGCCGCGCAGCUGCCGAAAUUCUGGGCAUAUCGCCAGAUUCGGUGGUGCAGCCUACAGUGGAGCAACUUGCCGAUGAGAACACUGACAACAAACCCAUCCUAGUGAUUACGCAAACCGAAAAUGAUCCAGGCACUGAAAUAAGAAGUGUCGCUGUCAAAAAAAUUGGACUCGAAAAAUACACCGAACUUUCGAUUGGGCGCGGUAUGGAACAUCGCGCAUUGGAUGCUAUACGGCAGGCAGCUGAGCUCGGCAAGUGGAUUUGUAUUAAAAAUGUGCAUCUUGUUCCCGAUUGGUUGCCAGAGCUGGAUCGUGAAUUGGAAGUGUUGAAGAAACGCGAUGGUUUUCGCCUGUGGCUUAUUUGCGAAUCGACACGCGGCUUCAGCGAUACGAUUAUGUACAAGUUUGUGAAGGUUUUAUACGAGUUUCCAAGCGGUAUUAAGCACAAGGUCCGACGUAUGUUGCAAAAUUUCGCGCUGAGUGAUUACCGAAGCAUAUCAAAAGAAGCCAAGUUGGUUAAGAUACGUUUUGUGGUUUUUAUUGUUAUGGCGGUGCUGCAGGAACGUCGCAAAUACAUACCGCAAGGUUGGUCGAAAUACUAUGAAUUUGGUGAAGCCGAUUUGAAAGCUGCAAUGGAAGUGCUACUCUGGCUAGAUAGCACAAUGUCUAGCGGUCGCUGCGAUUGGACAAUUUUGCAGCGGUUAUGCGAAAAUGUUGCAUUUGGUGGCCGCAUCAACAACACACGCGACUUACAAGUACUCCAACGUUAUUUAGAAGAAUUUUGUUCCGCUGAUGUGAUGAACAAUCGUUGGAGUCCAUUGAACACCAAAGUUGUUGUUCCCACAAGUGCACAAAUACUCGAUUAUAUAAGCGCAAUUUCAAAGUUUCCCGAUACGGAUGAACCAGGCGUAUUCCACUUGUCGAACCAUACAAAUAUCAGUCGUGAAAUUGAACAAUCAAAAGAAAUUAUUAAGGAGUUACGCGCAAACUACUACAAGAAAACGGAAUGUACAGAGGAAUCGAUGUGCCGUGAACAAGAAACAACCGACUUGGCCAAGAUGGAGAAACAAAUUAAACCGAUUUUAGCACUUUGGCGCAAGUUAGCUGGUAAAUGCACUGUUCAAAAAACCGCAGAGGAAUUGCAGGACUCUACACAACAGGCUUUGCCUUGGCAACUAUUCGUCAUAUCUGAGUUGAGAACUGCUGCAAAGUGUUUUCAAGAGGUGCACCAAACACUUUCACUGGUACACAACUGGUUCAAGUCAACGUCUAGCAAUACUAAAUCAAAUAUUGAUUUGCAUUUAUUUCAAAUGCUUGCGGAAAAUCAGGUUCCCGGUGCUUGGCUUCGCUGCUGGUGUGGUCCACCGGCAACAGUGGACUAUAUACGUGCGAUUGUGAUACGUGGACAGGCAGCUGAACUCCGCUACCGCUCGGAGUUACAUCUGGAUUUUGGACAGCAAAUCGAUCUCACUACCGUUUUCAAUAGUGAAACAAUGUUGUCUAGUCUCAAACUUACUAAUUCACGACAAAUAGGCACUUCUUGUAAGGAUCUCAAGCUGACAGCUCAAGUUAUCAACAGCAAUAUGCACUCCAGCGCACAUACAAAGGGCUCGGUUAUUACCCUGGCUCCAUUAAAGGUUGAUGGCGCUGUUUUUACUUACGGUAAAUUAACUAUAAAAACAGAUGUGGAAAGUCGUGCUCAGGAAUAUAAGUCUCCUGAAUUCAGACUUACUUUCGAGGCUUAUACGAGCACCGAGGAAAAGAAAUCUGGCGCAAAAGUCUCGGCUGGCCUUAUAAAAGUGCCUUUGUAUUCGAACGUCAGCCGGAAAAAGAUCCUUUGCUUUGUGGAUGUUCCAACAACAGAAUCGGCGGAUGUAGUACUUUUAUCGGGAGCAGCACUGAUUGUGCCAGAUUUUUAAAUGAUUUAAUGAAAAAUUAAUACAUAUAAAGUUCU